UUGUCGUCUGCAGUCGUUACACCAAGAUUAACUUUGAACUAAUGUUAGCGUGUCAACCUGUGGAUAGCAAUUGUUAGCUAGCUGGCGAACGUUAUGUUACCAAACGUUAACUGUUAGGCUAAAAGUUAAAAGUGUCUGAAUGUUGCGGAUAGAUGUCGCAGAGUGAUGUGAGAGGAAGCGCUUGUUUUAUCAGCCAGAACAGUUCAGGCGGGCGGAGUCAAAAGCUCCCAUAGAAAAGAGUCGGGAGGCAGCCGUGUGCUACACUUAAACAAAGAUGAAUGUGGGCGUAGCUCACAGCGAGGUGAACCCCAACACGCGGGUGAUGAACAGCAGGGGGAUUUGGCUCACCUACCUGCUCCUGACCGUUGUGUUGCAUGUCGUCCUGCUCAGCAUACCUUUCUUCACGGUGCCGCUCGUCUGGACCCUUACCAACGUCAUCCACAACCUGGUGAUGUACCUGUUUCUACACACAGUGAAGGGCACUCCCUUUGAGACACCGGACCAAGGGAAAGCUCGUCUGCUCACACACUGGGAACAGAUGGACUACGGUGUCCAAUUCACAUCUUCGCGGAAAUUCCUCACUAUCUCACCAAUCGUUCUUGUUUGUGUUCUUGGAGAAGACAAAAAGAAAAGAAAAAGGCAACACCCUCUAAAUUCUUUAGAUAACGAGUAUCUGUCCAACUACAGCCCCAUGAACGCCACUGCAAAAUGUGGAGAAACCAAAAGCCUGACAGGUAUAUUCUUGCCAGUUUCUACACAAAAUAUGAUCCCACACAUUUCCUGAUCAACACCAGCUCUCUCCUUAGUGUCCUGCUCCCAAAGUUGCCUCAGUUUCACGGAGUGCGGAUAUUUGGGAUCAACAAAUACUGACCGAACUGACCGAACACUGGAUUUUAACCACCAACACUGGACUUUAGUUUUGUUUCUGCUGAACUAUUUUAUGUUUAGAGUUUGAGAAGAAGAGAACCAGUUCGAUUUGUCGUAACUGUACAGACUGUGUGGAGUAAUAUAUGUAAGUUGCAGUUUGUGCUGCCUCUUGCAGCCUGAAAGAAAAGUUAAUGCACCGCUGCUGAAAGUAAUUUUUUUCCUUACUGACAUCUCUGACGUACAUUUGACAAAAGCCAGACACUUUGCUCGUCUUCAGGAGCAAGAUUUGAACUGCACUGCUUUCCAAUGUGAUGUUUUUUCAUUAUUCUUUCUCAGGCGUAGCUUUUCUGUUACAAUACAACUGUGAGUCUCUGAUUGUCACGUUCUGAAUGAUAAUUGCAAGGUUUUUUGUUUUUUUUCUUGAUUUACUAUGAAGGAUUUACGUUUAGCCUGUAUAUACACGCCUACAUUAACCAUUGCAGUGUAUGUUUUGCUAUGAAACACAGAAUUAUGAUUUGAUUUAAAAACUGGAUAUCUUUUCCUGCUUAUAAAAUGAGCAGUGACAGCUACAAGGUGUGCACACGUGGUUGUCUUAUCUUAAUUCCACAUGGUCAAGUAGGAAAUCUGCAAAACCCUUUUUUUUUUUUUAUUUACGGGAUUUUAAAGAAAAAGAAUCAGUCUUGGGCCAGUUUGUAAGAAGUUGGGAACUCCACGCACUUCACAUGAAGCCACCAUGGUGGUGGGUAGGCUGUCACAGUUUGUGCAAUGUCAACUAUGCAAGGGAUUCUCCCCUUCCACAUGCAAUGUGGUCACGUUUGAGUUUUCCCUGUUGGUGAUGUGUUUUGGGGAAGUAGCACACAGGAAAUGCAGCAGCGUCUGAAUGUGAUUACACUGUUGUAUAUGCCAGCAUGAGCCUUGGAAACAUGCUGAUUCUGCUAGGUGUAUCAGCUGUAUCUAACAUGUUGUGUAACUGAGUACAAUCAUUUGCAACGGUGUUAUUGCGGUAUUCCUUGCCUUCAAGUGCUGCAAGGACAAGCACAUUAAUUUGAAGAGGCCAGUGGUGGGAUGCAGUUGAGCUAAAUGUCACCCUGUCCCCAAAACAUCAGAUACAGUUUACUGAAACUAGUGUGGGAGAGGAUGAACACAAAUUUGUUUUCUCAAACAUGUACUGAAAGCUGUCUGAUUUAAGAUAACGCUAUCUUUCUUGAACAGCAAGUUAGAUAAUCCACUGCAGUGUUCCCCAGUUCUGCUUUUAAUUGAACAUCAACUCAGUAAACCUUGAUGAGCGGUACCAGAUAUAUCCAAUAUGUUAAACUGAGAGCAUGUAGUGCACAGGACUCAGUGUGUGGCAUAUUCCAUUCAAAUGUAUGCCAGUCAUCAAUCUGUUUUCGAUUUUAACUUUCGAAACAGAUCAUUUACAGCCUCUGUUAAGAUUUACAUGGAAAGAUAUACCAAAGGACAAGUCUGCGGUAAUGUGAAGAUAUGAGAGGUCAGAAAUAUCUACUUUACCUACUUUGAUGGUAGAGCUUCCAGAGACUUUCUAGAAAUUAAAUUCAUAUUUUAACAGAAGAUUUAAGAUGUAACAGGCCCAAAAGAGGAAAACCAAGAAAAAUCACUUGUGGGACCAGUGGUUUUCAAAGUAAAAUGCAGUUUAACCUGGGAUUCUAGGUAACAGAGAAUACAAAAGAUCUCACUCAUAAUGCUGACUUUGAGUGAUUCAUUUCCAAACAUGCAGAUUCAAACCAUUUACUGUGAUAAUAAUAAUCGUAGGCAACUUCUGGACGUGCUGUGUUUGACACAAUUCAGCCCUCUGCUGUUUUUAAAGUGGAAAUUCCACAGGUUUAUGAUCACCCUCCCUCCACUGGUUAUUUACUUAACCACAGUCUCUCUCAUGCAAUCUAGUGAUGAAACGAUUACUGGGUAAUCAAGUAAAAAAAUGCCCAAAAGUUUCUGUUCAGCUUCUUAAAUGCAAGACUUGCUCGUUAUUUUUAAUGUUUUGUACCAUUUGUACAUCAAAUGCAUGUUGAUUGUCCAGUUUUUUGGACAUUGUUUGUAAAAAGCAAACAAUUUGAAUUGAUUUAAAAAAGGCUAAAGGCAAAAUCAGCUUUUUGGCUUCAAACACUUACACAAUUAAGCCCUAGACCUGAUAAUCUUACACAAUGAUACCAAUAAAUGGACAUCAGAGCUCAAA